AUGCUCCCGCUGCAGCUGUCCGGGCUCGGCCUCAGCGCCAGCCCGCGAGCACUUCCCGAAGGGGUCUCGAGUGGCGGCGUCGUGCGGUACUUUGCGUUUGGCUCAAACCUGCUGCGCUCAAAGAUGGAUAAGCGAGGCGAGACGGGCGUGAUCUCAUGCACCGCCGGGGUAGUGCCCGACCACCGGCUGGCGUUCAAUAUGCGCAUGUUUCCGCCCCUCGAGCCUUCGAUGGCUUCGAUCGAGCCCAGCCCGGGCGAGGUGUGCGAGGGCGCCCUCUACACGCUCACGCGCGACGGCUACGAGGCGCUGUGGCAGAGCGAGGGCGGCGGCAUGGAACGGCCCGGCUACGAAGAG